GCUUUGAGGCAGUUCACUCGAGCUUUGACAUUUAGACUUUGGGGAAUACAGAGUAUGGAGAAAUUAUCAAACAUUCUGGGUCUCACAAAGGCGCUACUGAGAGAGAAGGCCAAAAGCAUUAAAUUGGGACAACAGCAAAAGGUUCUUGGUGAUGGAGAGACGAGAGGCAGAGGACAAUGCAAGACAACACAACUGGGAAAUACCAUUCAGCCACAGGGCUCAUGUGGUCACGGGUUGAAAUCCUCUGAAGUUAUCUGCAUGGUGAACCUGUGCCUGAAACAGAAGAGUCUUGACUUCAGCUGUCCCGUGUGUGGGGAGUCCUGGGACUGGGAGCAAGUGAAGGAUCAGAUCCAGCUCUCUCAGGCUCAGUCCAGCAUCCUGGAGGCCCAGGUCAACCGCAUAGUCCAGGAGCUCCCAGACAGAUACAAGAAGUGUCCAGUCUGCUCCUGCAUCCUCAGACGCCCUCUGGAGAGUACAGGGCAGCCUUGCCCCUUCUCCAGCUGUGCCCGCUGCCCCCGCACCCACCAUUUCUGCUGGACAUGCCUGGCCCCCUGGGUCUUCCCUGACGAGGCAGGCGCCGGCCAGUGCAGCAACGGCUCGUGCUACGUUGUGGGCACCCUGCUCAGCUGCGACGUGGUGACCGAGUCCGGCAGCUCGGUCCUGGGAUGCCCGCGCUUCCGCGCCUGCCCCGAGUGCCUCACCCUCCUCUCGCACACCGGCUGCAAGCACACAACAUGCCCAGAAUGUGGGCACGCAUUCUGUUACGUGUGCCUCCAGGACACUGCUGCAUGCCCGCAGGAAACAACUGAAUAUUUUCACCCGUUCUGCAGGGGCCAGAAAGCUGAGAGACAGUGGUUUAUUACAUAGCAUGGCACACAGUCCAACCUACUGCUGAGUUGACUGCUGAUAUUUCAAACCUUCCCUGUUUGAUGUGUCAGUUCCUAGCUACACUUGAUGCUGUUGUGCCUUCAGGUGAUGUGUGAUUACAGUUAAGGGAUAGUUUAGUUUAUCUAGGUCUAGUUUUAUUUGAAUCUUUUGACAUUAAAGUUGCCUUAAUGUGUUGAGAUCUUUUUAAAAUAAAUAAAUUAUAACAGAGCAAUGACUUAACACACUUAAAGCACCUGCAUAGACAUUUAAAGAUUAAGCACAGAUAUCAUUUAGAGAAUAAAAUGUUUUUUUUUUUCAGUUAUUUAACCUGAAUGUCAUUGCAGAACAUAGGGGCUGCUGGAUGGCAAACCUACGGCAUGUCAUAGGAAUUAGAGACAAGAUUUUAAUAUUUUUUUUAUUAUUAUUUAAGUUCAGUGUUCUUUCUUCUAUUUACUUUCUAUUUUCUAUUUAUAAUUUCUAAUACACAUAUAAAAUCCAAUCGUGGUCCACCGAUGCUGAAAAAUGCAUCUGUUCACUCACAACAGGUGUGGUAUGUGGACGUGAAAGAUCUGUUUAUAAAGCUGGAAUACGGAACCACUGAACAGUGCUCCAAUGUUCCCUCCCUGUUAGUAUGACUCAAUGGCUAGGUGCUGUUAAUGGACUGAUGACCAACUGAGAGAGACAGAGAGAGAGAGAGAGAGAGAGAGAGAGAGAGAGAACAGAUGGGUAGACAUGUGAAGGCAAAGAGAAAGAGAGAGAGAGAGCAAAACAGACACCCACCCACAGCACCUCCGAGUCUGGACAUUACUUCCACCACUUUCCUCCUCAUGCUCACCUACCCAUGUAGAGGAGACAAAGAAUAAGAAGGAAUGAAAAGAAAGAAGGAGGGAGAACAUUUCAAAAACACUGAAAGGAGAGUUGUCUGUGAAGAGAACUAAAGAUUGUCAAUGAAGACAGUUAAAGAUCUGAUCACAUCAAGAAUGAUCACAAUGUCUUUGGUUCUAAUCAUCACUACAUUUAUUACAUCAGAUGUAGCAACAGCAUCACCUUACACAGAAUGGAGGGACUGAUAUUAGCUGGGGUUUGUCUAAGGCAUGCUAAUAUUAGCUGGGGUUUGGCUAAAGCAUGCUAAUGUCAAGACUGAAAAGGAUGAGCAAUGGCUCAAGCUGUAAUACAACUAAUUCUGAUUCUGAGUUGUAAACAUAAUAUUCACAUACUGUAUAAGUGCAAUAAUGUAAAGUGUUAAGUUUUACAUACAAACCAGAUGUUUUUUUUUUUUUAAUGUAAAGCCUGCUUCUACGAUGAAGACAUUUGUUGACCUUUUGACUUUUAUAUCACAAGGGCUGUGCUCUUUGGAUUAAACCACAGCAGUGUCAGUCUUGUCGCGCUGCUUGUCUGUG